AGUAACUAACAAUAACAAUGGAAAACCAAACAGUUUUGCUAGUGAUUACUUUUAUGUGUGCAAGCAUUCUCAUCUUCAUUCUUAGAAGUCAAAAUUCUAGAAAACUUCCACCAGGGCCACACCCACUUCCCAUAAUUGGUAAUAUCUUAGAACUUGGCAAAAACCCACACAAGUCUCUCACAAAUCUAUCUAAAAUCUAUGGACCAAUCAUGACACUAAAAUUAGGAACAAUAACAACCAUAGUAAUCUCAUCCCCUCAAGUAGCCAAACAAGUCUUACAUGAAAAUUCACAAAUCUUCUCUAAUAGAAUUAUUCCACAUGCACUUUUUGCAGUUGAUCAUGGCAAAUUCUCAAUUGCGUGGCUUCCGACAUUAGAUUUGUGGAAGAAACUAAGAAAAGUUUGUGCUACACAAGUGUUUUCUAAAAAAAUGCUUGACUCAACAAAAAUCCUUCGCCAACCAAAGUUGCAAGAGCUAUUAGAUUAUGUGAAAGAGAAAAGCAAGAAAGGUGAGGCUUUUGAUAUUAAUGAGGCUGUUUUUACAACUGUCUUAAACUCAAUUUCAAACACUUUGUUCUCUAUGGAUUUGGUUCAUUCCACACAUGAUGAAAAGUCUCAAGAGUUUAAGAACAUUAUUUAUGGUAUCAUGGAAGAAGCUGGUAAGCCUAAUGUUUCAGAUUUCUUUCCUAUUCUCCGUCCUUUAGAUCCACAAGGUUUGUAUACAAGGAUGAAAAAUCAUAUGAAGAAGUUGUGUGAGAUUUUUGAUAAGAUUAUUGAAGAAAGAAUUUCUUCAAGAUCUUCCAAAGUCGAUGGUUCCGAGGAUUUUUGCAAUGAUGUGUUAGAUUCACUUCUCAAAAUCAACAAUAUUGGAGAAACCAUGUUAGCAUUAAGCCGCGAUGAGAUGGUGCAUCUAUUUCUGGAUUUAUUUGUUGCUGGGAUCGACACAACAUCAAGCACAAUUGAAUGGAUAAUGGCAGAAUUAUUUCGUAAUCCGGAAAAGUUAAUAAAAGCAAGAAAAGAGUUAAGUCAAACAAUAGAUAAAGAUGAAAUAAUUGAGGAAUCACAUAUUUCAAAGUUAACUUUCUUACAAGCAAUAGUGAAGGAAACAUUUCGUUUGCACCCACCAAUUCCAUUUUUACUACCCCACAAAUGUGAAGAAACUGUCAACAUAUUAGGCUUCAAUGUGCCAGAAAAUGCACAAGUAUUAGUCAAUGUAUGGGCCAUGGGAAGAGAUUCAACUAUUUGGGAAAAUCCAAAUGUGUUCAUACCUGAAAGAUUUUUGGAGCAUGAUGUUAAUUACAAGGGUAAUAAUUUUGAGCUUAUUCCAUUUGGAGCAGGGAAAAGAAUUUGUCCAGGAUUGCCAUUAGCUCAUAGGACUGUGCAUUUAGUGGUGGCAACCCUCAUACAUAAUUUUGAAUUGAAUCUUGCUGAUAUGGUAAUGCCAGAAGAAAUGAAUAUGGAUGAGAAAUUUGGGUUAACAUUAAAAAGGGUUCAAUCUCUUCGAAUUCAAGCUAUUGCAUAGGCUUAAUUAUAUGAAAGAGAUAGAGGAUAAGAACAUUUUUUUCUUAACAUGUCAUCUUUGAACUCACCCUCCUUCUCUAAUUGAUUUCAAAAUUCUAUCAUAAGUCUUAGUCAAUAGCGGAUCAAAAGUUCUAACCUAUUCCAGAGAUUCACUGGUCUCGGUGUUACUAGUGUUUCUCCUAGUUUGCUGGUCUAUUGAUGAGGGAUUUGACAGUCGAAAUUCUAGUUAAUUUUGAAUUGGGUAAUGCUUAUGAGUUUUCGUAUCUAGGGUAAUUUUUUUUUCUAAAAUUUUGUUUAGUGUGGUUUCUUUCCCUUUUUAUUUUGUCUUUUGUAAUUUUGUUGUUUGUUUGAUAUCGACUCUGAUGAGAGAUGUUAUGUAUCGUUAGAUUUCUUUAACUUAUAUAAGAAAACUGUGAAUGUAAUAAUCGUAAUUUGUGUCACUGCAAUAAAUAUAUUUUCUCUAAAUAAU